AUGCCACCACAAAUCAAACAAGAUCUCAAUCGCUCUGGAUGGGAAACCACCGACUUCCCUUCUGUCUGUGAAAACUGUCUUCCCGAUAACCCCUUCGUACAAAUGAUUAAACAAGACCACGGCGAAGAAUGCAAAAUCUGCACAAGACCCUUCACAGUCUUCCAAUGGAAAGCCGAUCGCACAGCCCGCAGCAAGCGUACCAAUAUCUGUCUAACAUGCGCGCGAUUGAAGAAUUGCUGUCAAUGCUGUAUGUUAGAUUUGAGUUUCGGAUUACCGAUUGUAGUUCGAGACGCGGCGCUGAAGAUGAUUGCGCCGGGCCCGCAAAGUGAGGUCAACAGGGAAUAUUAUGCGCAGAAUCAUGAGAAGGAGAUUGAGGAAGGGAAGGGUAUGGAAGAGUAUGAAAAAACCGAUGAGAAGGCUAGAGAACUCUUGAGGAGGUUGGCGAAUAGUCAGCCUUAUUUUAGAAAGGGGAGAAAGAUGAUUACGGAUGGGGAAGGUGGUGGGAGCGGUGCUGCCGGCGGAAGUGAAAGUGAGAAGGGUAUGGCUUUGGCGACUAAGGGACCGGGACCGAUACGAACACGAGAUGGACAGCCGAGCAGGGGUACUGGCCGGGGAGGUAGAGGCGGGAUGAGAGGGGGAAGAGCCUUCCCUAGUGCAGCACAAUUACCUCCUGGUCCUCAAGAUAUCCUACCACCUUCCGAUAGAUCGAUAACUUCGCUAUUCAUUACUGGUGUAGAGGACGACUUGCCAGAAUACAAAAUCAGGGAUUUCUUCUCACCGUACGGGAAAUUAAGAUCACUGGUCUGUUCGCACAUGUCACACUGCGCGUUCAUUAAUUACGCGACAAGAGAAGGUGCCGAAGCUGCAGCAGAAGCAUUACAAGGGAAAGCUAUAAUUGCAGGCUGUCCACUGAGAGUACAGUGGGGCAAGCCGAGACCAAUUGGUACCAUGGAUAAGGAUGAGCGCAUAGCCACAGGCAGGGAAGGACGAUCAGCGUUUUCGAGUUCGGGUUCGGGUGCACAGAGAAGAGCGAUUGAGGGUGGUGCUUCACAAGCUGCAGCUCCUCGGGAUGAUUUGGCCAGUAUGUCUGCUGUUGCUGCUCCACCCGGUGCAGGCGAUGUGCAAUAUGCUAGUCUGGCUGGCAAUUAA